AUGUCUUCUGACAAAUCUGUAGAAAUUGUUAAAAGAUGUUCUCCAUUUCCAAAAGUGGAUCAAGUAUGGAGCAACAUAGGAACAUGGGUACGUUGUUUUUUAAUUUGGUUUAUUUAUAAAAGGAUAGUUAUUUCAAAAAAUGAUUUUUCGUGCGGGUGGUUUAUAUUUACUUUUCACUGCAAAAUUUUAAAAUGAAAAUUGUUAAGCAUAUUCAAAAACUUUAUAUAAAAUUUAUACGGUUUUCAAAAAAAAUAUUUACUUUUUGCAAUCGAUUAAAGUAAAAUUUGUUUUUAACAAAUGUAAAAUAUAUAUUUUUGAAAAGAAUAUUUUAGCAAAAUGGAAAACCAAGUUUUACGUAUGUGAUCGUGGAGGAAGAGAGGACGCUGGUUAUUGAAAGGAAUUAUUAUGGUGUUAGCAAAGACAUUGAAACAAGAAUCGAUUCAUACUAUACACCACAAAUAUACAAAUGUCAACGUGCAGUUGUCGGUAAAUGGAGCGUCAACCAUUGGGAAUAUGUUUCAGACACAAACCAACUUUCGACCGACGACCAAUUGGUCAUAAUUUGCACAAAGUUUAAAGCAAAGUUACUACUUAUUAACGGAGCAUUUUACUUACUCUCCGAAGCUGGACGCGUCAUGUGGAAAGAAACAUUACUGUGUACAAGCAUAUUUGCUGAAAAAUGCAUUUUUGACUACGAGUGGAAUCGGAAAAUCAUCCCAAAGGUAAUUUUUAAACGUUUUUUAAAUAAUUAUAUAAAGUUUUUCCCCUAUAUUUUUUUAAUUGUUAUUAUAUUAUUAUUUAUCUAUUGCGAAGACAAAAAAAAUAUAUUUAAAAAUUUCAGAGUAGAAAGCAUAAAAAACAAAAGUUUGAUGAUGAUGAGACGUGUAAUUUUAUGAUGACCAAGUUAGAAUACUUGUACCAUUUGCAACCUAUGCAUUCUUUUGUUCCAAAUCUGAUGCUAGAGACAGAAAACGAAGAUAUUGUUUUACUGAAUCAAAUACAUUCGCAAUGGAAGCCUUUCAAAUUUUUUCAGAAGGCUGUUUAUGACUUUGUAAGUUUUUCCUGAAACUUAAAACUUAAUCUGUAAGAUAAAGCAGAGAGGGUAGAAUAGGAAAGAGUAAGGCACGGUAGGCUGGGGCAGUGUACGGUAGAAUAGAUUUACAAAUAAUCAAAUUAAAACAAAUUACCGUUAUUAUGAAAACCUUUUAGAAAAUGGAAAACAUUGAUAUUGAAGUAGAUUCAGUUGUUGUUGAUCGCAAAAAAGUAUUAACUUCUAAAGUUGAAACUGGAUUCUUGUUUUGGAAAAAUACUGCUAUUGACGACUUCGACGCGUUAUUGUUUGCUAUGAAUGGAGUUAAAGCGGCAUUUGAAUACGCUGGUUUACCGUUGCAUAGAAAUGCUAACAAAAUUGAAGCCAAUCGUUCGAAGAAAGUUAGAGUAAGCUUUUAUUUUUUGAUAAUCAAUAAAAGGAAGCUUUGACCAAUAAUUUUUGGCUUUAGUUUUUAAAGUUUACAUUACAAAACUUAAUAAGUGGUUUUUUAGGGAAAAGCAUCGUAUCAUUUCUUGUAUGUCGACGAAGAAUUUAGUCAAAAAACCGUGUGCACAAUCCAUGCUGAUGAAAACAACACUACUUUAGCAGAAGUGUUGCCAAUCGUGGCCCGCAAGCUUCGUGUUUCGAAGGAAACCUUAAUGGAAACCAUUGUUUGGAGAGUCGAGAACGGUGGACUAAGGGCAAGCCAUGUUGGAGACGUGCCUAACCUCAAAGAAUACAACGCUUACCUGUUACAGUAUCUUGGCACGAGAUAUAAAGAUUAUCUUGAAGAUGUUGAAUGUGAAAUUCGUUUUGCCAAAUGUUGA